CAUGAUUAGAAGAACCCUAUGCAGGCUAUACAAGAUGAUGAUAAUGAUGAAACCAUUAGGCAAGGUUGAUAAAUUCCUUGAAAUUUGUUCAUAUAGAUGCGUUACCCAGGGUAAGGAUCUCCUAAAUUUAACAAGAAUCCCAUCCAAUUUCAAUUUGAUGAAUCUUUGUAGCAUAUUUUUGCAUCUUUGCUAUAAUAGUCCAGAGUAAGAUUACUCAAAUUCUUAACAGCUCAGAAAAUGGACCGGGUAAUAAUCAUUGACGUUACAACCGACAAGGACUUCGCAUUGUAUGAUUCAAUCUAACGGAGUUACUUGCAUAUGCAAACCAUGCUUAGUUUUGAUUAUCCAAUGUGUAUAGCCUGAUUUGUACCACAGGCAGAGCAGUAAACAGUAAUGACACAUUACAAUUACAAGGAAGAAGCACUUUCAUGUCUCUCAUAAUUGAAAAUGACAUGAAAAUCAAUCUUUCUGGCUGCCGGCAACCUUGUUUUCGGUUUUAAUUGGAGCCAAGUGGCUUAGAACACAGCGGCAAUCUGUUCUACAAGAUGACAAAUGCCAUUGUGAAAUCAGAAAUCAGCCGAGUUUGCAUUAUAACUAACUAAUUCUAGAAUCACUUGAACAUUGGGAUUUCCUCCAUUCUGAAGUCCUCACAUAUUACUACCCCUCUCAAGCUCAAAAAAGUUAUGUUGCGCUUCUGUUUCCAUCAAAGCUUUGUACGUCCAGAAUGAAGCAAAUCCCAAUUUGGGUACUCUUCAUUUCAUUCUGUCUCCUCCUCCACGCGACAAAUUCUGAAGUGGAGGAGGUGGUCAAGAGAUCACUUAUCAACUUUCUUGCAAAACUGAAUGGCGGGCAACCGAAUCCAAGUUUCGGUUGGACUAAUGACACUGAUCCCUGCAAAGAUAACUGGAAGGGUGUGAUCUGUGAUAGGCAGACCAAAACCUUUGUAAGAAGGAUAUAUCUCAGCCAGACCAAUCUUUCUGGAGUUUUUGAUGCUGCUUCUCUUUGCAAUGUGCCACCUCUUGCUAAAUCUCUUAUCCAUAUUAAGCUUGACCAGAACAGUAUUGUUGGAGAACUCCCAGCUGAGAUUUCGAACUGCAGAAAUCUCGUUUACUUGCUUCUGGGCCGGAACAGAUUUCAUGGAAAUCUUCCUGAUGCUUUAGCCAAGCUUAGGGCUCUGCAAAGACUGGAUAUUUCAGACAAUGAGUUCUCUGGUAACUUGCCUAAUUUAUCGCAGAUACCAUUUCUCACAACAUUCCUUGCUCAGUAUAAUGAACUUACUGGUGAGCUACCCAGUUUUGAUCUUUCGAAUUUUGUAAGGUUCAAUGUUUCCUUCAAUGAUUUCAUUGGCCCUAUUCCUGUUGUGACUGGACAAUUCACUGAAAGCAGCUUCAUGGACAAUCCUGGAUUAUGUGGGCCUCUGUUGAAAAGAGAUUGUUAUAAUCAGGACGAUUCGACAAGUGAAGACGGGAAGAAAUCGAAAGGCGUCUCAAAAGAUGAGAUUCUUAUGUACUCAGGCUAUGGUUUACUAGGCUUGGUUUUCAUCAGUAUCAUCAUUUAUAAGCUGGUUAAGAGAAACAAGAUAGAAGAAAAAGAUGAUUCAGUUAACAAGGUUGCAUCAGCAGAUGAUGAUAUAGAAAAGCCUACAGCUGUUUCAAGUGAUCAUAAAUCUGCGAUGAGCAGAUCAGAUUUGUCAGUCAAUUCUUCUGAAAGUGCAAUGGCUUCUACUUCACUGGUAAUUCUAACAAGUCCUGUGGUGAAUGGUUUGAGAUUUGACGACUUGCUGAGGGCUCCUGCAGAGUUGCUUGGAAGAGGAAAGCAUGGAAGCCUCUACAAGGUUAUCUGUGAAAAUGGAAUGUUUUUGGCUGUCAAAAGGAUUAGGAAUUGGGCAAUUUCAAGCAGUGAAUUUAAGCAGAGAAUGCAGAAGAUCUACCAAGCAAACCACCCAAAUAUAUUGCCAGCUCUUGCCUUUUAUUCUUCCAGACAAGAGAAGCUGUUGGUUUAUGAAUACCAGCAGAAUGGAAGUCUCUCCAGGUUUCUCCAUGGAACUCAAACGGGACAAACAUUCGACUGGAUGAGCCGACUCAGUGUUGCAGCUACCAUUGCCGAGGCAUUGGCCUUUAUGCAUCAGGAGCUUCAACCUGAUGGGAUUGCUCAUGGGAAUUUAAAAUCCUCUAACAUCUUAUUGAAUAAGAACAUGGAACCUUGCAUAAGUGAGUAUGGCCUUAUGGUUGUUGAUGAUCAAGACUAUUCUUCACCUGUCAAUGGUUACAAAAUCAUGCCAAAACCUGAGGCUACUGCUCAUAAUGCCUUCAAGUUAGAUGUUUACGGCUUCGGAAUGAUUCUGCUUGAAUUACUGACUGGAAAGCUAGUGCAGAAUAAUGGAACAGACUUGACUAAAUGGGUUCAUGCCGUUGUUCGAGAAGAAUGGACGGUAGAGGUUUUCGACAAGGCUCUUAUAUCGGAAGGUGCGAGUGAAGAGAGGAUGGUGAACUUGCUUCAGGUUGCUAUAAAAUGUGUCAACCACACUGCAGAGGUUAGGCCUACAAUGAAUCAAAUUGCUGUCAUGAUCAACACAAUUAAGGAGGAAGAAGAAAGAUCCUUAGUUUAUGACCCAUGAAUGAUGAAUACUUCAAAUCUAUGUAGGAAGAGGUAUAUGAAAAUUACAGAAGAUUAUUUGUUACAGGAAAAGUUUGUUUCAUUCCAUACAUAUGUUUUAAUUUAGAAUUUUACAAUUAUUUGUAUUU